AUCUCAAGUUUUGUAUACAACACGAGAAACAAAAGUAACAUAAACUUAACCUAAUUUAUUCAAAAUUUAACUAAAUAUUCAUUUCAAUUGUUACUAAUUUAUAUCUAUAUCUUUUCUAAAAAGUUAUGGAUAGUACAAAAAAUGAAAGUAACACGGAAAAGGUAGUUAAAUCUAGAGUAUUAAGUAUACCUGGAACUAAACCCAAUGUACAAAAUGCACAACUUUUAAUAUCGACAGGAAUUCCUUCGUUGGAUCUUUUAAUAGGUGGAGGACUUGCAGUAGGAACAGUAAUGCUUAUUGAGGAUGACGCUUAUGGUUGUUAUGGCGAUGUUUUUCUUAAAUAUUUCUUGGCUGAAGGUGUUGCUUCUAAACAAACAUUAUAUGUUGCAAGUAAAGAUAUCAGAACAACAAAAUUGGUAUCAGAACUACCAGCUUUGAUUAAUGAUGAGGAUAUUGAAAAUGAAACGAAGGAUAAAAACAAAGAUAUAAAAAUGUCGAUAGCAUGGAGAUACCAACAUUUGUCGACAACAGAGCAAAAGAAAUUAACUUUUAGUCAUUAUUAUGAUUUAUCAAAAACAAUGGAUCAAAGCUUCCUUAAAGAUACUGUUAUUCAUCAUUGGGAUAAUGAAAAAUUAAUAAACAAUACGCCUCCAAAUACGUUUUCAAAUCCUAUUUACCACGAACUAUUGCAAGAUAUAAAAAAUGUGCUGAAAAAAUUUGAAUUUGAAACAAAUGCAAAACCUGAAAAACGUACAAUUUUACGUGUUGCUUUACAUAGUUUGGGUUCACCGUUUUGGAUUCCAAUUCCACCGCCUAAUGAAACUAUACGACCAAUAAGUCGCAAUCGUGAUUUGGAUAUGUUUAUGUUUUGUUUGAAAGCUUUAAUGAGAUCCGCUUAUGCUGUUGCUGUUAUUACUGUACCCACGGGUAUGAUAACAGAAGAUUGUAUGGCACGAUGCGUUCAUAAUGUUGACACAGCUAUUCGAUUAGAAACAUUUAUGGGAACGCCAAAUGAAAAAAACCCAGCACUAUCGGAUUACAAUGGCUUUUUAAAUUUAACAAAAUUACCCUCAAUUAAUACUGUUGAACAAAUACAGCCAGCUAGUUUGGAUUUGGCAUUUAAGUUACGUAGAAAAAAGUUUGUAAUUGAAAAGUUACAUUUACCUCCAGAAUUAGCAGAAUCAAGACAGCGUGAACAAGAUGACAGCACACCAAGUUUUGGUUGUGGAAGUUUCUCAAAACAAUCGAAGUUAGAUUUCUAACUGUGAUCGAUGAAGAUAUGAAAUUUACAAAAAAGGA